AGUCGGCCAUUUUAAGUGUUUCAGUCGUCAUUUCACCUCGCUUCAGUAGGACGGAGAACGUCUGGACUCAAUUUCAGCAAAUUUCUCUUACAACUGUUGUGGAGCACUGCCUACUAUGAACUGAAAUUCAACUAAAUCCAAAAUCAAGUAGAUCCUUGUGAAGUGACGCAUAAGCCAGUAGAUUCCAGUGUCGAGUUUGAAUUUUUGGCACCUUCAUGUUAGCUAACGGUUAAGAGGAAAUGGCGGUGGAAAGCAUGACUGUCCAUCCAAACUCCCCAACUACCAACCACGAACACAACAGUCUCCUGACUGACGAAAGGCAUGAGGAGGGCGAGCUGGAGGAGGGCGAAUUGGAGGACGAUGGGGGAGAUGUGGUGAUGGGAGGCGACGCGUCUGCCGUGGGAGGAGGCGGCGACGGGGCCGAAGAAGCCGGCGGAGGUGAUGGCGCAGCAGCAGAUGGGGGCGGAGAGCGGCCCCCGCGGAGCAGAGAGCGCCACGCCAGCAGCGAGACGGAUGAGGAGAGGUCGCACCGUCGCAAGCGCAAAAGGAAGAAGGAGAGGGAGCGCGAGCGGGAGAAGAGGAGGGCCAAGAAGAAACGAAAGUCCAAACACAAACGUCACGCGUCCUCCGAUGACGACUACUCAGACUUCAGCGAUGACUCCGACUACUCUCCCAGCGAGAAGAGAAAGUACAGAGAGUACAGCCCCCAGUACCCCCCUACCUCUCACGGUGGCUACGGUGGCUCAAAGAAGGGUGGCUACAUGAAGAUGAAGAUGGACAAGCAGGGCUACGGCGGCUACGACGACUAUGAAGAAGACAACUACGAAGGAGAGGAGGAGGAGGACAUGGGGGAUGAAGAAUACGACGACUAUACCAAGGAGCUCAACAUGUACCGCAAGUCCAAGGAGGGCGGCCGCGGCGGACGAGGGGGCAGAGGUCGUAUGAAGAACAUGAGAGGCCGUGGCGGAAUGAGGGGUGGACGACGAGGAAGAGGAGGUAGCAGAGGCAGAGGAGGACGAGGUGGAAAGAUGGGAGAUGAUGAUGGAGACGGUUAUGGUGAGGACAUGGAGUAUGACGACGACUAUGACAACAUGGGGGAGGACGACUAUGAUGACUAUCAGUACAAAAAAUCCAAAGACAGAGGAAGAGGCGGCAGAGGUGGCAGAGGGAGAGGCCGAGGCAAAGGAGGACGCGGCAUGAUCAGAGGCAAAAUGAGGAGCAGAGGGAGAGGACGGGGUGACAUGGGCAAUGAUGACGACAACAAUGGAGACAUGGACAACGGGGAUGGAGGAGGGGAUGUUGGACCAGGAAUGGGAAAGAGGAAUCAGCAUGACAAGUACCAGGAUAAGAAGGGAAAAGCCAUCUGCAAGUACUACAUUGAAGGCAGAUGCACCUGGGGCGACCAUUGCAACUUCAGCCAUGACAUUGAGUUGCCCAAGAAGAAGGAGCUGUGCAAGUUUUACAUCACGGGAUACUGCGCAAAGGCCGACCACUGCCCGUACAUGCAUGGUGAAUUUCCCUGCAAGCUCUUCCACACCACAGGAAACUGUGUCAACGGUGAUGAGUGCAUGUUCUCCCAUGACAACCUCAAUGACGACACCCAGGAGCUGCUCAGCAAGAUGCUGGCAGAGGAUGCAGAGGCUGGAGCGGAGGAUGAGAAGGAGGUGGAGGAGCUGAAGAAGCAGGGCAUCAACCCUCUUCCCAAACCCCCACCUGGUGUCGGCCUCCUCCCCACCCCUCCUCGCCCUAUGCCUGUAGACGGGAACGGCGGGGCGGGUGAUUUUGGCCCCGCAGCUGGCGACUUUGGGGGAGUUCCUGUCGCCAACCAGGUGUCCAUCGUCACCAAGGCUCCCUCUGAGCCCGGGUCUGUUCCUGGUCCUAACCCCUGCAUGGGUGGUCCUCCUGUGCAAAAUCCAGAAGGUGUUCCUUACCAAGGAGCGCCCAUGAACCCUCCACAACACAUGGGCCCCCCUCCUGCUGGUGGUGGUGGUGGGAAGAAGAUCCCCUCCCUGUUUGAGAUCAAAGUGCAGCCAACAGGACAGCUCGCUCAGAAACUGGCGGUUAGAAGCCAGACACCCAGUAGCAACCAGGCAGCGACCCCUGCACCUGGGGCUCCCCCGACCUGCUUCCCCACCCCGCCAGGCAUGAUAUCCCCCGACAUGCAGAACAUGGGCCCGGGGAUGAACCAGGGGCCACCCAUGAUGGGGGGAUUUGCGUCCGGGGAUUGCCCUCCACAUGGGGGCGCUAUCCCUCCUCAGGGUGGAGGGAACUACUUCAACACUUUCUUCAAUCAGCAGGAGGGAAUGAAGAUGGAAGGAGUUGUGGAAGAAGGAAACAAAUUUAGCAACCAAGAGGACGCUGAUAAUGGAACCAGUCAAGGAGGAAUAUCUGUCUCAGACCUCCUCCCUCCAGCCCAACGCGUCCUCUUCAUGAGGAUCCAGCAGAAGCAGCAGGAGGAGGAGGAUCGCGCCCGCCGCAUGGCCGAUGGCGGUGCGGAGAAGAGCAGAGACACUGAAGCUGACUCAGGGAACUGGUACUCCAGCGAGGAUGAGGACGGUGGCGGCAGUGUGACGUCAAUCCUGAAGACGCUUCGGCAGCAGACCCAGGCUCCUCAAAAGUCGGACGCCCCAAGCGACCCCCGCCUCCAGAAGGCGUCUCCCGCCAACACUCCGGCUCGCCCCGCGGACCCCCGCUUGGCUCGCGACCCACGUCUGGCCCGUGCUGCCGAGUCGCCUCAGAGCUCUGACUCCACCCACCUUGCGCCCCCUGCUUCUUCGUCGGGGCCACCGGCAGAUCCUCGGUUAGCUCGUUUGGCAGCUGCCUCAGCAGGCUCCGCCCACUUACCUGUCGCCUCCAAACCAGAAGCCCCUCUGGUCUACAAACCUCCGCCUCUCACAGCGCCAGCAGAGGAGGAGGAGACUGAGCGAGUCCUUCGGGACAAGCCCGUGCCAAUUCCUCUAGAUCCCCUCAUGGGCAUGGCUCUCAGAGAUCCUCGAUCGCAGCUGCAGCAGUUCAGCCACAUCAAGAAGGACAUUGUUCUCCACAUGCCAGCUUUCUCCAAAGCCAUCACCUGGUCCCCCGAGGACCUCCUACCCCUCCCCAUCCCCAAACAAGACCUUCUACCACUUCCACCAGGCAUUCCGCCAGUGCCUCCCCUUGAUCCCCGUCUGUCUCGCAGCCAGCAGCAACUCCACUCACAGUCUCCCCCCACAGUUCCCCUUCCCUCCUCGGAACCCCCGGGCCCCUCGUCAUCGUCCUCCCUCCCAGACUUUGAGCUGUUGUCUCGUAUCCUGAAGACUGUCAACUCCAGCCCCUCCCAGUCCUCCUCACCUCCUCUCCCCGCUCCCCCCUUGGCACUGCUGGGACAACCUCCCCCUGCUCCCCCUACAGAAAAGCCAGUUGAUCCCCGCAUGGCGCGAAAAGCCCCCGCUGACCCCCGCCUCCAGCCGCAGAAAUCAGCCCUCAAGCAGUCGUCUGAACCUGCCCCCCCUCCUACUGUCACUUCUGCAGUGUCCACAACCGGGUCCCCCCCACAGACCAUUGCCCCAUACGACCCGAGGCUCCUCUCCUCUGGAGGAGCAGGGCGCAGUGUUGCGCCGGGGCCACCAGGGGGAGCCAGUGUACUGAGCAGCAUCAGUCUGUAUGACCCAAGGACUAACAAACCAGGGAGCCCUGGUACCGCCACUGGCCCCAACAACUCCCCCAACUCAGCCAGCACAGAGUCCCGACUCGGGGACUCCACGGCUAGUAAACCCAAAUCCAAGGAGCCCUUGUUUGUUCGGAAAUCUGCGUUGGACCAGCCUGAGCCUGAGAAAAGCGGAGAGCAAGGCACCGACAGGUACAACAGCUACAACAGACCCCGGCCCAAACCAGCCCCCUCGCCCAACUCCACCGCCCAGGGAGGACCCACCAGCACCGGGGGUCAAGGUGCUCCCGGAGCCCCUGCAGACCAGGCUCCUGCCGGUGUCCACAACCUCCCAGUGCCCUCUCUGUUUGGUGUGGUGAAGCAGGCCAGCAAGUCCAGCGGGACCGGGAGCCCGUUCGGAGGGAAUAGUCCGGCCCAGUCGGAGCAGACCACCGCCGAGCAGGACAACGGCUCACUGAAGGACGUUUUCAAAGGCUUUGACCCCACGGCCUCGCCCUUCUGCCAGUGACCCGCAUGGGCAGAGGACAUGAGACUGGACAUGUUGUUGAUCCAACAUGGACACACACUAAAGUGUGAAAGACCUUUGGGAUGUGGGAAAGUCAAAUGUCUAUUUUAAACAGAGUUAUUAUUAUUCGAUACACUUCUAACAGCACAACUUGCGUUUUAGCAUCUGGUCGUUACCUCACACGUCUCACUUCCACAGUUUAGAUUUUACUUUGGAGAAUCGUCACACUCUUCGCCUCUUGUCAGAACUUUCCAACUCUUUUGGAAACGAGGAGAAUGACUACCAUACGACUUAAAUUAAUAUGUUUGUUAUAAACUCAGCAUGUUUUUAAUGUUUGUCACAUCAGCAACAUCUCAUUUCUCCUCGUCCAUUCUUUCCUGAGGAAGGCCACAAGAAGUUACCUUUCACCUUUCUGUUUCUCCCAUCCUAUUGGCCCGUUUGGUACAAACAAAACUUAUUUUCCUCUAAAAGCAGAUUUUGGUUUCCUCACAAAGGAGAGACAAAGGUGCACAGUCGAGCUGGCUGAGGUCUGGCAGGAGCGUGGGUGCCUCAGCUCUUAGCCGCUUUUUCUCUGAGUGGAAACCGUUAUGUCUGCGGCGUUCUUGCAGGCAGUGUGACAAUCACAAAUGUAACUUUGUUUUAAUGCCAUCAUCAAGGACACACGUCACGUCCUCUGGGCAGGAAGUGUCUCAAUUUGUGCACUUCCAUACUUACACUUAGCAUUUUGUGCACUAAAAAUGCUAACUCUACUUAUUUAAUAUGGAACUGCGCAAAUUUAGACACCGCCGUAUUCUUCCUGCUGUGCUAAAUAAGUAAAUACGGCUUACUUACACUUUAGCGUUGCGAGUGCGUAAGUCCAUUAACUUCUGCACUCACAAUGCUAAGUGUAAGUAUGGAAGUGCACCAAUUGAAACGCAGCAUUUCUGACUGCUUAGAACAAACGAGUGCAGCAAACAAAUCCUGACCGCAUAGUGUGGGCGGAGCUUUGGGACAACCUCCAGCAGACAGGACUUUGUAAAAAAAUAAAAAUAAAAUUAAAAAAAAGUUCAUUUUAAUUUAUUUUUUUACCCAAAUGUACUUCUAUACUUGCCAUUUGUUGAAUUGUUUUAUAUGUGAUUCUUGCUCAGCUGAGUGAGAGUCAACAGGGGAGAGAAAAUGUAUUUUUUUGUUGUUGUCAUUCAAGAGGCAGCGUCUCAGGCCUGUCAACCAUGUUCUUGUUGAAUUGUUCUUUUUCUCUAUAGCUUUGUAAAUCUGCUUUCUUUUGCAUUAAUACCAAUUUGACCCGUAUAUUGUCUGUGGAGGGGUGGACUUUUCUAACUGUACACUGUAGGUGAGUAUUUAAAUAAAGAUACAAAUAAUUCCACCAGAUUCAAGGCGGUUUUAUGGCUCAUUAGCGCAUUUGAGAUGUGAUUCAUAGUGAGAUGCAUUCCAAGAAUUGUAUCAAAAGUCUGCCUUUCCAAAGAUGAUGCUUUUGCAGUUGUAGUUGACUGUGUGUCGUGGUUUGUCAUCCUUUGGUCACCUUACUUAGCUACUUAUGAGGAGUCCUUCGCCACAAAGUGGCGUCCAACAACAGACAGGAACAUGAGGACUCCAGAGGAUGCGCUGAUGCUAAAGUUACUAAUAUAAACUUUGAUACA